AUGUGCGACAGAGACCUGGAAGAGAAUGGCGUGGCAGCGAUAGACGAAGAAAAGGGUGACCGGUCCGAUGCCUAUCUUCGCAGAACCAAGAUAGAAAACGACAAUGCUCAUCUCGAGCCCAGUCGCUGGUGGUUUCUCGCCUCGGUGUUUCCCAUGAUUGCGGGAACCAUCGGCCCUGUGGCUUCAGCAUUCAGUAUCUGCGCUCUGGUUUCACCGUGGAGGCAGCAUCUCUUAUCCGGACAACAACCUGAUCAGGCGCAACAUAUUCCAGAUCCAGUAUGGCUCACAGCAAUAAAUGCCGUCCAACUGGGCAUUGCCGUCACUUCCAAUCUUUUCCUACUCUUCAACAUGGCAAGGCGGGUUCGCUUCAGCAUAGCACAGCCCAUCACUAUAGUGGGAUGGUACUUCUCGGCAAUUUGCCUGAUAUGCUUGACGUGCACUGGUGCUGGACCUCUGACUGAGGGGCUUGGCUUUCCUAGCGAUGAGAUGAUCUGGUCACAGUCAUUCUACUACGCCAUAUGGUCGGCCAUACUAUACUUCAUCGUCGCAUCACUCAUGUCAAUCACGUUCUGGGGGGCCUUGGCAGGCCACUACCCCAAGGAUUUUAUUCUGUCCCUCAGUCAGCGCACUUUGAUGCUGCAAACCAUUCUCGUCCUGCUAUAUCUCCACGUUGGAGCCACUGUCUUUUCCGCUAUUGAGGGCUGGGGAUAUCUGGACUCUGUAUACUGGGCUGAUGUCACGCUGUUCACGAUUGGCUUUGGCGACUUUGAACCUGAUACAAAUCUUGGAAAAGCACUUACAAUCCCGUAUGCCAUUGUCGGAAUCAUCAGCUUGGGUCUGGUCAUCGAGGCUGUUCGCGGCCUCACUCUCGACGGCGGAAAGCGCCGAGUCCUGGCUCGAAUGGAGGAAAAGAAGAGACGAAGAUUGGUACGCAAGAUUUCGAAGCGAGGGGGUGAUGACAUUCUGGAGCCCAUCCAGGACGAAAUUCUGGGGCCUAUCCAAGAAGAACCCGACUCUCCUCGUUCGCAAGCAGAAUUCGACUUUCCUCGGGCGCAAACAGACAAAACUGAUAAGACUGAUAAAACUGAUAAAACAGACAAAUCCAUUUCCAACGAGUUUGAACGACGCAAAGCUGAAUUCGCUCUCAUGCGCAAGAUCCAAGCCAAGACAUCUACACGCAGAAAGUGGAUGGCUUUGGGCAUUUCCAGCUUGGUUUGGCUCGUGUUCUGGGUGGUCGGAGCCGUGGUCUUCAUGCAAGCUGAGAAACCCUACCAGGACUGGACGUACUUUCAAGCUUUUUACUUUUGUUUCAUUGCGUACACGACAAUUGGAUAUGGCGAUCUAGUGCCCGUAUCCAACGCUGGGAGGUCCUUCUUCGUCUUUUGGUCUCUCAUGGCUUUGCCGACCAUAACGGUGCUUAUUUCGCAUGCCGGCAGCACUGUUAUCAAAAUCGUUCGAGAUGGCACCAUCCGCUUGGGAAACGUCACUAUUCUGCCCGGAGAAGAUGCCUUUUCCUCCAGCUUCAAGCACAUGAUUAGCAGAAUGACACUUGGAAGGGCGUACAAGACUUUCUACGAAUCCGCCAACCCCACAAUGAUGGUCGAUGCGCCAAAGAACAACAUCAAAAGAAUAGCCGAAUUUAUGGAACAGCUGGAGGAUGACGACCUUUCUGACAUUGAGAGAGAACGUGAUAAUGCGAAUGAUAGCGGGGAGGAUUUUGGAGGAGAUAAUGGAAAAGAAACAAGAAAGAGAGGCCGUCCCGACCGCCUUGACUCGACGGCAUCAAACUUCACAACCAGAGUGCGCCGGUCGCUUUCGCGGAUUCGCAAUCAUGAACGCAAGCUGCCCACCGGACCGGAUUUCCACUUUCUUCUCAUUUCCGAGAUUCAAGCCGUCGCCAAGCACAGAAAAGAAAACAAGUUGUACAACUACUCGUUUGACGAAUGGGCGUGGUACCUCAAACUCAUUGGCGAGGACGAACACAACCCGCUUACUCACGGAAAGGCAAAGAUUAAAGGGAAGAAACCAACGGGGGACUCUGGAGAAGAGGAAAUUGUAAAGUGGUCGUGGGUUGGACAUCGCAGCCCUUUGAUGGGGAGCCAGAGCGAGAGCGACUGGAUACUGGAAAAAUUGGUGGACAGGCUGCAACAGUCGCUGUCGGCUGAGAGUCAGAGGCUGAGGGCUGAGAAUAAGAGGCAGCGACGGAAACAUCGGGGUGCCUUUGAUGAUUAUGCCAUGUAAGAUAUACGGACUGGUGUAAAUAAUGUGCAUUAUGGUUU